UUUCUGACUGAGAUCAGAUCCAAACGCAGCCCAGUUUCUGGGUUCCCCCUCUUCUCUAAGCCAGCUGGUCUGGCUUAAUAUCACCUCUUUCUUUCUUUUGUUUUUAACUUUAUUUCCUUUUUUAAAAAUCCUUCUUGUUUGAUACAAGGGAUUGACUGAUCCAAACCCACAGCUGGAGCUGCUGGGGAAACUUCCAGGUGAAGACAGAACCAAAAGCACGGGUGCUUUCUGACAGUAAACUGAAGCACCGCUGGACGGAGACACGGAGGAAGACAUGCGGAGCUGAAGGAGGAGAAACCAGCAGAUUUGGAUUUGAAAAGUGAAAACCUGUGAGGAUUUGGAAGUCAAUCUAAGGAUCCAGAGAAGAAGAAGACAGUUUGGUAAUAAAAGAAGAAGAAGAGCCAAACAGCGAAGAUGGGGAGGAAAAAGAUUCAGAUAGCUCGGAUUAUGGACGAACGGAACAGACAUGUGACGUUCACGAAGCGUAAGUUCGGUCUGAUGAAGAAGGCGUACGAGCUGAGCGUCCUGUGCGACUGCGAGAUCGCCCUGAUCAUCUUCAACAGCACCAACAAGCUGUUCCAGUACGCCAGCACCGACAUGGACAAGGUGCUGCUCAAAUACACCGAGUACAACGAGCCGCACGAGAGCCGCACCAACUCCGACAUCGUGGACACGCUGCGUAAGAAAGGGUUAAACGGCUGCGACAGUCCGGACAUCGAGGCCGACGACUCUGCAGGCCAGAGCCCAGAGUCCGACGACAAGUACCGGAAAAUCAACGAAGACAUAGACCUGAUGAUCAACAGACAGAGGCUCUGCCAGGGUCUGCUCCCCUCUAACUACGACAUGGGGGUGUCCGUCCCGGGCUCCUCCCCCCCCGGCCUGCUGUACCCCACCCACCCUGCUUUGAACUGCGGGUUAGGAAACCACAACCUGCUACCUGUCUCACACACACACACACACCUGCAGAGGAACAGUAUGUCCCCGCAGCGGCCCCCCAGCACCGGAAACACAGGAUUGAUGAGUUCAGAGAUGACGAACACCGUGGUCUCCAGCGUGGGGAACGGCUACAGCUCCCACUGCCCCUCCCCCGGCCUGCUCUCUCAGGGCGGUCUUAAUAAGAACAUGCACGAUAAGAGCCCCCCCCACAUGAACAUGAGUCGUAAGCCCGACCUGCGGACCCUGAUGCCCCCCAACAAGUGCAGCAACAUGCCCAACAUUAACCAGAGGAUAAACCACUCCCAAUCGGCCCAGUCUCUCUCCUCCCCAGCCCUCUCUCUCUCUGCUCCCUCUCUACCUGGACAGGUGAUGGGGGGGUAUCCGUCCUCCCUCUCCUCCGCAUAUGGCACAGAGUUCUCCCUGAGCAGCGACCUCUCCUCUCUGUCCGGGUUCGGAGGUUCUGGUCUGGGCUCGGUGUCUUCCUGGCAGCAGCAGCAGAUCCAGAACCUGCAGCACUCUGCACUCGGUCACAUGGGGAACCUGUGUCAGACCUCCAACCUGAACCUCUCCUCUCCUCACCCGAACCUCCACAUCAAGUCUGAGCCGGCCUCCCCCCCCCGGGACCGGAUGCUGAGCGGCCUGAUGGUCGGAGGAGGAGGAGGAGGAGGAGGAGGAGGAGGAUGCGUGUCCUCGUACUCCGUCUCGGGCCGAUCUCCGCCCGGCGACAGCGCCUCCUCGUGCGGCAGCUCGUACGAGGGCAGCGAGGAGCGUGACGAUCACCACGGCAACUUCCUGCUGCCCCCUCCCGGCUCGGAAGAGCGCCACAGCCCCUCCGUCAAACGCAUGAGGCUCUCUGAGGGGUGGGCCACAUGAUGGGGGCGGCAGGUAGGGUGACCAGGUGUCCGGCUCUGUGUGGGACUGCACUGAGUGUCUAUCACUCGUCCAGCAUUUGAUUGAUCGUCCAAAACGUGGCUUUUUACUCUCGUUUCCAGUUUCCCAGCUCUCUGAACUGGGAAACUCAUUUAAACACACACAGCAAUGGAAGAAGUUAAGGUGAAUUAUUGGUAAUUAAUGCUCAUUGAUGCAACACAUGCUAAUUGUGCUAAUUAUCUAACAUAUCUAAAUUAGCAUUAGCAGUUUCUUUUUGCUGGAGACCCCUACUCUCAUAAACAUUGGAAUCUGAACUACCUCUGUGCAUCCCAGUUACAUGUCCCACUCUGUCCCACACAGGCGUACUCUUGAUGGCACCUGGUCCCCCUAGAGGGAGGGCAGUGACGUUACCUUAUAGUGUUGUUGUUAUUAUUAUUAUUAUUAUUAUUAUUAUUAUUAUUAAUAUGUGCUGAGUGGGUGUGCUUAUAUGUGUAACAUGUACGUGAGGGGAUGGGGGGGGGGGGUCUUUAUUGACUGUAGCUGUACACGAGAGGGAAUACAGUGGUGCUGGAACAUCUGGAGAGUAUUUAUCAAACUGUUAAGAUUCACUCAAAUUGGACAAAGAUUUUCACUAAAAAUUAAAAAUUCAACUUAUAUUUAAAAACCUUUCUUCUACUUAAAGCUGCAAAUAUAUACAUUACAUAACAGCGUCUGAUUACCUCUGCAUAUGCAACGUUUUGGAUAAAAUCCUGACUGAACUCAGUUAUUCUGAGAGAAAUUGCCUGCCUAGCUACGUGAUAGGCUAAGGGGCGGGACCUCCCUGAGUGGUUGACCAAUCACAACAGAGCUGGUGAGCUAACCAAUCCAGUAUAGUUCCCUUCUGCACUAUUCAUGAGUAAAAGAAGAGAAAAACAUGUUAUUUUAAUGUUUAAAAUAACAUGUCAUAAAACAUAUUACAAGUCAUAUUUUGUCUCAGAGGAUUUUGACAAAUAUGUAAUAAAAAAAUCAAAAAGAAUUGAAAGAAAAGUUUAAAAAAUAAAGAAAUAAAUACUCAUUUUAAUAAAUAUAGCUUUACUCUUUUGUCUGCAAAUAGAUAUUCAUCAUGUCUGUUAUCCUGCAAAGAAAAGUGAUUUUAAUGAUACAAAAUAAAUACCAAAUGUUUAAAUGACACUCGAAUAAUAGUGUGUAUAAUUCAGAGGGCUUUUAUUUUGAAAAUAUUAUUCCAGAAGCUUCCUUUUUUAGCAGUUUGAUAAAUACUCCUCCAGGAUUUGGUCAUGACAGUUUGUCGUGUACAUGUAUCGCUUGUUUUGUGUGUGUGUUCGAGGGUUCGGGUUGUGUUGGGGGGGGGGGGGGGGUAUUAUUAUAAGUAAAUACAUAUAUACUACAUGCACAUCUCGCUAUGUGCAACAUGUAUGCAAACUAACAAGAACAAAGUGAAGAAGUCUGGUACUCAGUUUUAAAUCACGCAUGAGCGGGAACGCCGUGUUGCAGGUUCAACAUAUUUUAGCACAUUUAAAUAUGACGAGGGAAAAGAGGAGCGAAAAAAGAGAGGAAGAGGAAGUAGAGGAAGAUGGAGAAGCUGAAUGAGAUGAAAGGUGGUUGACGGUGAAGGGGAGGUUUUAGUGUGAGCGGUAGGAAGUAUUUUGCAACAGGUUGCAUAGAACAGAGUUUCACUUGAUGUGAAAACGCUUCUCAGAGUUAGUGAACACUUUUCAGAGCUGUCUUAGAAAACAAAUGUGAUUUUUAAGCGAAUUGCAAUCCAGAUAAACAGAUGUAUGGAAGCAAAAAAGUGCUACAAGGAUUUCAGUUGUGUAUUAUAAUAAAAAAAACACCAAACCAAAAGCCCUCUCCUCAAAUAAGCUUUAGACAUUAAUUAUACGAAUCAAAGAGGCCCUGUUUUGCUCAGUACAAUACACUUUACCUGUGAAAAUAAAAUAUGUGUUUAAAUGCUUUAGAUGUAUUUGUUAUUAAAGCAUUAAUGAGUGAUUUCACAUUUCACAAUUAGCCUUUAAAAAAGAAAUCCUUUUUUUUGGGCCUUUAUUUGCUUCCAUACAACAAAACCUGCGUUAUUUUCCGAUAAAACCGACAAACAUCUGGGGUUUUAUGUAAAUUUAAAAGACUAAUCUCAUCCAAACUUGAGUGAAGCUUCACUCAUGGCCUUGUUAUGCACAGAGAGAGCUAGCCGUUAGCUGCUAGCCGUUAGCCGUUAGCUGCUAGCGGUUAGCCGUUAGCUGCUAGUGGUUAGCCGUUAGCCGUUAGCUGCUAGCGGUUAGCCGUUAGCUUAGCCCUCCUAAAAGCCGUACCCAACAGGACAGCGAUGCUCCGCUGCACAGAGUUUAUUCAGUGUUAUGUUUUUUUGAAUUCUUUAUUAUAUCAAAUUGAUAUUCUUGGAUGUCUGCAGCUCUAUUUAAGAUAAGAUAACUUUAAUAUAAAAAUGUAAAAAAAGCAGAUGGGCGCGCGUUUAUUGAACAUUCAGAAAUAUUUGGAUUAAAUGACUUUGUGGGGAUUAUUAAACAUGCAGUAUUUACAGGGGUGAGAAGUACUGGGAUCAUUUACUGAGGUAAAAGUACAACAAAUAGUCCUUUGUUUGAUUUAUUCUAAAUGUUAGAAGCUUUAUUUUUAAUUAAAAAUACAUAAAAAUGUAUAUUUCUAUCUGAAAUGUAUAGAGUAGGAGUACAAGUACCUCAACUAAGUACAUGAUUGAGUAAAUGUAUGUAGGUACUUCCCACCUCUGUGUUUUUGUAACUUUACAAGGACUUUGUGGACAUUUUGAAUAGUUUGUGCCUUGUAUCUCAAACCGUCCCGCCACAAUAAGAGCCAGAAUAGUCUCAUAAACCGCCACAAUAAGAGUCCGCAGAGUGUAUUUGAUAUCCAUGAUGUCUGUGUUUGAUAAGAGAGGACGCUGAGGGUUUGUUCACAUUUGAAUAUUUUGGUUUAAAAACUGUAUAUUUGGAGCUUGGACCCUCGGCUGCAGUCUGUCUGUUUGUGCCCCAGCUGCUGUAAAUCCAGUCGACGAAAAUAGAAUCUGCGUUAGUUUAAAAACAAGAACAAAGAAGCUGCCGUUUAGUUACAAACUGCACAGUGUGUUGGAGAGGAGCUGUCUCCUGCACUGCUUCCCUUUCUGCUGUCGCUGGGCCUCAGAUCCAAAGUGUGUGUGGUGUGAUAUCUCCUGCCUGGACUCAAAUGCCCCGAUGACAUGCUGUAUUUGACGCCCUUGAAUGUCCUCUGGGCCCUAUCCUCUUUACUUCUAAUAACCACAAGGUAAAUAUUAUAUUCUACAGAGAUUGUUAGCGGCAUAAGCUGGCCUUUGUCGCCACUUGGAGACAAUGUUUCUCAGAAAAUCAGAUCCUGUACAGCGACUCCCUCACUCAGAAACGUGCUAGUAUUUGUAUUUUGCAGAAAAGAAAAUCUGAAAUAAAGCAGGCUCUGUGACAGAA